CUCAGAGUUUAUAGUUGAUUGUUUUCUGAAACUAUUUGCUUUUUGUUUUAAAAAAACAAAUAGAAAUGGAAUAUUGCUAAAAAAUAAGUGAGCUAAAAUGGAUUCAGACGUUAAAAUUGAAUCCAAAGAUUUUCCUAAUAUAUGCCGGGCAUGUUUAAUUAACACAGAUCUUAAACCUAUCGUAGAAACUGAUCUUGUAAAAAUUUUCACGAGCAUAUCUGAAAUACAGAUUCAUGAAAACGACAAACUGCCUGGAAAUUUUUGUAUAACUUGCUUAAAUUAUCUUCAAGAAAUUUAUAAAUUUGCCGAAUUAUGUAAAGCAAAUAAUGAUAUAUUAAAACUGGUUCUUGAAUCAGAAGGGAAUAAACUAAACAAUUUAGAUAUCAAUUUGGAGCCCUAUAAAUGCGAAUAUGAUAAUGAUUAUGAUGAUGUUAAGCCUGAAAGUGAUGAUAAUGAUAGUUCUUAUUGUUUGCCCUUAAAAGAUGAAAUAAAUGGUUCUAAAGAUGAGGAUGAUAGUGAAGAUGAAAAGCCUUUUAGAAGAAGAACUAGAAAACGUAAGAGUAUUUAUGCUGAACCAAAAUCUUUAAGAAUAUAUAAAAGGAGAGGUAGAAAACCAAAGGUUGAAAGCGAUGAUGAUGACAAAUCGAAUAGUGUCAUACCUGUUUGUAAAUCAUGUGGUACUACAUUUACUAGCAAAACUAAAUUGUGUUCACAUUACAAGGAACACGAGCACUGCAGGCCAAAAAACUUUAAAUUGUAUCAAUGUGAAGUAUGUCAAAAAGAAUUUUCGACAGCUAGAAGGAGAAAUGAACACAUGAAUAUACAUACAGGAGAAGUUCCAUAUAUUUGUUCUUAUUGUGGUAAAGGGUUUCAGUUGUAUUCUGCUCAUUUUAAACACGUAUAUACACAUCGAUUAGCAUUAGGUGAAGUAGAACUUAAACCUGGUUAUACUGAGAAAAGAGUUAGACUAAACUUGAAAUGUGAUUUAUGUCCCAAAGUGUUUGCAAGUAGAUCUGGUUUUGCAAAUCAUCAGCUUAUCCACCAGGGAGUGAAAAUACAGUACAGAAAGCGUAUCAAGGAAAAAGAAACUGGACCAAAACUGAAAAAUUUCCUUUGCAAUUACUGUGCAAAGAGUUUUAGAACAAAAAUUCAACUUGAUGGACACAUAAGGGGUCAUACUGGAGAGAGGCCAUUUAAUUGUAGUUAUUGUCAUAAGUUUUUCAAAACCAAAGCAGCUUUGAAAACUCAUGAAAUGAACCAUUUAGGCACAACUCCGCAGAGGUUUAAAUGUGAAACUUGUAAUAAACCAUUCUCACUUAAAGCUCAUUAUGAAGUACACUGCAGAACUCAUACUGGAGAAAAACCAUUUGAAUGCCAUUUCUGUGGCAAAUGUUUUAAUUAUAGAGGAACAUGGAGGAUUCACCUUAGGAUACAUACAGGUGAAACUCCUUAUGGAUGUCCAGUUUGUAAUAAUAGAUAUCACGAUAAGAGCAGUUUGAUUAAACACCAAAAGAAAAAAGGACAUUUGGGUGAAGCUAUAGUAGAAGAAAAAUUAUUAUUUUGAUAGAGUGGACUAACUGGAUCAAAUGAUCUGUAGCAGAUUGUGUAAAAUGGAAACUAGUUAAAUUUUCAUUUAUGGAUUUUAUGCCAAGGUCAUAUCUGUGUACCAAUAAAUUUAGUAAAAUUUUAAGUGAAGUGGUGAUGUAUGUACACAAUUUUCGCAUUGGAAUAUUCACCGUAGAGAUGAGCAAAACUGCGAUUCUCUAAUCGCAAUUGAAACUGCGAUUGGGAUUUUUAAAUCGCAGCGACUGUAACCUGCGAUUGCUAUUUUAAUAUU